UUCUCGACCCGUCUGUACCGUUGUAUAUUGCGAGCCGUCUGAUCGUCGUUGUCCUACUCAUCCGACCACCGACUCGUUGCGACCGCCCUUGCUAGACCCGGUCAAUGACGACUUGCCCCUCCCACCACGGAGUUUGAUCUCCAGAUCGAAACCCAUCGAAAGCCUAUUGACAGUACCAUCGAAAGCACACUACACUGAUUUGUCCCCCUCAUGUCGUCGAGUUCGGCUCCCGAAUCCCCCGCCGCGUUCGCCACGCUUGAAUCCCUACCCGAGUCCUCGCCCGACUCCCCCGCUCUCGGACGGGCAGAUCAUGCGGGUUCGGGCCAGGGCCCCAGUAGGGCGGAACCCGGCCCGGCAUACAAUACACGACCGGAGAGAAGACGGUCGACGCUGAGCGGCUCGGAUCGGAAAAGAAGACUGGUGGAUAUGGAGCGAGACGGGAGACAUCCGUGGCCUGGAGCCUCGCGCGAGGCUGAAAGGGAGAGCCGGUCUAUUCCCCGGGUUCAGUCGCAGGCGCGACCGGAUGGCGCUGCUGGUGCUUCAUACGCCGAUCCGAUUGAUCUGUCGUCGUCACCACCACCGCAACAACCGCCACCCCCUCCGCCACGACCGGCGAACCACCCGACACCGUGGGGUCAAAACACUGGCCAGUAUGGGGAGUUGAUGCGGCCGCGGUGGCAGCCCGAUGCGGAGGCAACGAACUGUCCCAUCUGCGGGACGCUGUUCAGCUUCUGGUACCGCAAACACCACUGUCGCAAGUGCGGGCGCGUCGUGUGUGCGUCGUGCUCGCCGCAUCGCAUCACCAUCCCGCGCCAGUUUAUCGUCCACCCGCCGGAGGCCGCCCGGUCGCGGGCCUCCAGCCUGAUGACGCCGCGUGUACCGGUCAUCGAUCUGGAGGCGGACACGCAGUCGCAGUCGCCGUCGGCGGUCAAUCCCGCCCUGGGAGGCGGCGAGGAAGUGCGACUGUGUAAUCCUUGCGUUCCUGACCCUAACCCGGAUCCUCCACGGGGAUAUCCUGUCCGGGAGCCUCCGCCAGGCGGAUGGGGACCCCGCCAUCGGUCGUAUCAUUCCGUGUCCAGCGGACGACCCCCGUAUGAUGCUAUCCCCGACUCGUAUACCCGACCCAGCCGCCGGACGGUGGGAUCGAACGACUACCCCGGGUUCAUGGGGUUCGGCAGCUCGUCGGGGACGCCGUUCGCCGAACGUAUGGACUACGGGUCCCAGGCGCGGCCCCUGCCGUUCCUCCCGGGCAGCGCACGGUCGCUGCCAGUGCGUUCGUCGAUCGAUUCAGAAGCGCCCGUCCGGACGGGCGAGCGACGGCGUCCACCAGUCGCAGAGCGCGACCUGUGUCCGAUAUGUGUACGCCCGCUGCCGGCGCUCGGGGCAAACGGGGGCGAAGACGCCCGCGAGGCGCACAUCCGCGACUGCAUCGCCAGCCAUGGCCGCGGCGGCAGUCCGGAGGGACCACCGACUACCGCGCCGGUGCGGAUGGUGGCGUACACGGCGACGGAGAAGGACUGUCUAGGGGAGGAGGGGGUGGCGGAGUGCACGAUCUGCAUGGAGGAGUAUGCAGAGGGGGAGGUGUUGGUGCGGUUGGAGUGUCUGUGCAAGUUCCACCAGCGGUGUAUAGUGGAGUGGUUUGAGCGGAAGAAGGAGUGUCCAGUGCAUAAGUGAUAUUGACAGAACUAUACAACCCUUUGGAAGAGCGCGUGAUACACGUAUGCUUGUAUACAUGAUGCACGUCGAUGUAUGUCAAUGCAAUGUAGGGUCAUCAUCCCUU